GAAGGGCUCCAGGCCGAGGAGGACAGCUUGGGCGCCCGUCGCGAUUCAGUCACUUCCGGGGCGGACCGGAAGUUGCUUUGUUUUGCUUCAAGAUGGCUGCGGGGAUGUAUUUGGAACAUUAUCUGGACAGUAUUGAAAACCUCCCCUUUGAACUGCAGAGAAACUUCCAGCUCAUGAGGGAUCUGGACCAAAGAACAGAGGACCUGAAGGCUGAAAUUGACAAGUUGGCCACUGAGUAUAUGAGUAGCGCCCGCAGCCUGAGCUCCGAGGAAAAAUUGGCCCUUCUCAAACAGAUCCAGGAGGCCUAUGGCAAGUGCAAGGAAUUUGGUGACGACAAGGUGCAGCUGGCCAUGCAGACCUAUGAGAUGGUGGACAAACACAUUCGGCGACUGGACACAGACCUGGCCCGUUUUGAGGCUGAUCUGAAGGAGAAACAGAUUGAGUCAAGUGACUAUGACAGCUCUUCCAGCAAAGGCAAAAAGAAAGGCAGGACUCAAAAGGAGAAGAAAGCUGCUCGUGCUCGUUCCAAAGGGAAAAACUCGGAUGAAGAAGCCCCCAAGGCCGCCCAGAAGAAGUUAAAACUUGUGCGCACAAGUCCUGAGUAUGGGAUGCCCUCAGUGACCUUUGGCAGUGUCCACCCCUCUGAUGUGUUGGAUAUGCCUGUGGAUCCCAACGAACCCACCUAUUGCCUUUGUCACCAGGUCUCCUACGGAGAGAUGAUUGGCUGUGACAACCCUGAUUGUUCCAUUGAGUGGUUCCACUUUGCCUGUGUGGGGCUGACCACCAAGCCUCGAGGGAAGUGGUUUUGCCCACGCUGCUCCCAAGAACGGAAAAAGAAAUAGAUAAGGGCCUUGGAUUCCAGCACAGUUUCUUCCACAUCCCCUGACCUGGGCUAGUGGGGAGAGGGAUGCCUGCCGGGGCCGGGGGCAGGGAGAGGUGGAUGGCGCAGCGUCGUCAUCCCCUCUCCUCCCCUCCCACUCCUGGUGCUGAAGCUGCACCCAAACCCUGGUAGGGGGGGUGCCGCAGCCACUAAUGGUAUGUGCUCUCGUUCAGCCCCCGUCUCCCGAGGGAGGUGGUCCUGCCCACUGUCCUUUUGCCUCCAUGCUGAGGUUGGUGCUGCAUUUUUGAGGGAUGGUCCUCUUCACUCCCCUUGCUUUGUAUUUAAGGACUGAGGCAGUAGCGUGGGGCCCUCCCCCAGCCUCCUAAUUCGCUCCCCCCGUGGGGGGCCAUCGUGUGAUAAACUUUUUCCACUCUCUUCCUGGUUUUUUCAGCAGGGGCUCCCCCACAUCACCUGGGCUGUGGCCCUGGUUGAAGGGGCACGGCACCCCUUCCUCUGUGCCAAGAGGAUUCAUCCUGGCCUCGUGAGUGGGAGGGGCGGGGUGGAAUGCAGAUAUCUCACGUGUAAAGGAGGUGGGUAGGUGAAUAAAAGCUGUACGUGUUGGUCUGUUGUGUUUAUUGUAGAGACACUAUUUUAGCACGUGUGCGAAGCAGAUUUUUGCCUUCUUUUGAGUUGGCUAAAAGGCGGGAGGCGGACAUGUCAGAAGUGGGACGAGACAUGGAACCAGAAGUGGUACCUCUGCUCCGGAAUCAUCAGCUUCUCUGCUUGAGGAGGACAGAGCUGGCUGGGGCUGUGCCUCAGACCAGGGGUUAACACAGCUUAAGAUUGUGUAUCUUUUCUCCAUAAAAUACCUUUCACUUGAUUCCCAAUAAAUGUGUGUUUGUUUUACACAUGAA